CUCCCAGUGCAGCAGUUGAACAACACCUACUACCUAGUGCGUGCUGGGCAGUCGGUGGCGGAGUCUGAGGGCUACAUCUUGACCAACCCUGUGUCGAAAACCAGCCUGACCUGCGGUCUCAGCCGGGAAGGCAAGCAGCAGGUGCUGCAAACCUACCGACAAUUGCGGGAGCUCGGGCUGGACGAGGCGUGCUGGCUGUGGCCCAGCAUCACGCAGAACGCGUACCAGACGGCAGAGAUCCUGGCGUCCUUGCUGUAUGUGGGCAGGAGCCGGAUUGUCCCAGAGUUCUCCUUCCUGGAUGCCCGUGGAGUGGGCGAGUGGGAGCGCUUUCCAACGGGCGAGGUGGCUGCGGCGCUGGAGGUCGGCGAUGCGCUGGCGCCGACCUGGCGACCCGCGCCCAACGUGGAUGGCACCGUGCACGAGAGCUCCGCCGAUGUGCUGGUCCGGGUGCGGCAGCUGCUCAGCAUUCUGGAGACGGAAUACAUCGGGGAGUCGGUGGUCAUUGUCUCCCCAGACUCUGACAACCUCUCCGUCCUUCAAGCGGCUUGCCUGGGCGUGGACCUGCGG